GAACGCAUUCCUCCCAUCUCCCAAGACCUCCUCAGACCCGAGAAGCGCAGCUGCGGCCAUGGACGCCACCGGCACUGGAGCUGGAGGGAAGGCGAAGAAGGGAGCGGCCGGUCGCAAGGCCGGCGGGCCGAGGAAGAAGUCGGUGACGAGGUCCGUGAAGGCCGGGCUCCAGUUCCCCGUCGGCCGCAUCGGGCGCUACCUCAAGAAGGGCCGCUACGCGCAGCGCGUCGGCAGCGGUGCCCCCGUCUACCUCGCGGCCGUCCUGGAGUACCUCGCCGCUGAGGUCCUGGAGCUCGCCGGCAACGCUGCCAAGGACAACAAGAAGACGCGCAUCGUCCCGCGCCACGUGCUGCUGGCGAUCCGCAACGACGAGGAGCUCGGGAAGCUGCUGACCGGCGUGACCAUCGCCCACGGCGGCGUGUUGCCCAACAUCAACCCGGUCCUGCUGCCCAAGAAGACGGCGGAGAAGGCGUCCAGCGGCGGGAGCAAGGAGGCCAAGUCGCCCAAGAAGGCCGCCAAGUCCCCCAAGAAGGCAUAGGGUUUGGAGGCGGAUCCGAUGUUGUCAUGUGUAGGUUGUAAGCGGGCAAUGUGAUUGGCUGUGUAUCUGCUUCGCUCAAGUUGCUUUAUGUCAUUCCUAAUGGAAUAGGAAAUGCCGUGUUU